GCAGAAGACUCGAGCGCUUGUCUCUGAAUACAGGCAUAUAUAUCUGUUGGUGCUUAGCACUUCCUCCAGCUCCUGGAGAGCGACAGUGUAAAUGUCUCUGAAUAUGAUUCGAAUUGCAGCGCUAAAUGCAAGCUCCACGAUUGAGGAUGACUAUGAAGAUAACUUCAAAAGUCAUAAGACACAGACGAAGGAAGCUCAAGAAGCAGAAGCUUUUGCGUUGUACCACAAAGCUUUGGACCUCCAGAAACAUGACCGUUUUGAAGAGUCUGCUAAAGCUUACCAUGAGCUUCUUGAGACUCGUCUUCUGAGAGAGGCAGUUCUUUCUGGUGAUGAGAAAGAAGGGCUGAAACAUCCAGGCUUGAUGUUAAAGUAUUCCACCUAUAAAAACCUAGCACAGCUGGCAGCACAGCGGGAUGACCUAGAGACAGCCAUGGAGUUUUAUUUGGAGGCCGUAAUGCUAGACUCGACUGAUGUCAACCUGUGGUAUAAAAUUGGCCGCGUAGCAAUAAAACUAGUCCGCUUGCCUUUAGCUCGUCAUGCUUUUGAAGAAGGUCUCAGGUGUAAUCCUGAUCACUGGCCUUGUCUAGAUAACCUUGUCACAGUCUUGUACACGCUCAGUGACUAUACGACGUGUUUGUACUUUAUCUGCAAAGCUCUGGAAAAAGAUUGUCUAUACAGCAAAGGACUGGUUCUGAAGGAGAAGAUCUUUGAGGAGCAGCCUUGCCUCCGGAAAGAUUCCCUAAGGAUGUUCCUCAAAUGUGACAUGUCUAUUCAUAACGUAAAUGUGAGUGCAGCUGAAACAGGAAGAAUCCUAGAUGAAACACUGGAGCUACGUAAGAAAAGACAGGCUUUGCUAGUGCGAGACAGAGAACCAGAUCUCAAGCUUGUCCAGCCAAUUCCCUUUUUGACGUGGAAGUGUUUAGGAGAAACUUUACUUGCCAUGUAUCACCACCUCACAACAUGUGACCCUCCUCGACCUAGUCUCGGAAAGAGAAUUGAUCUCUCGGAAUACCGAGACCCAGUUCAACACUUGAUUCUUUCUCCUACCUCUACUCCUGUCAGUGUUAUUCAGCCCACUCCAGUCAGCACUAAUCCAGUGGUGACAAUGCCAGAUCCUGUAUUAACUUUUACUCCAGUGACACCCAAUUUUCCAAGUCACAGUCAGAAUUUAUUGGAGCCAGGAGCUGCUGUAGGCGAGCAAGGUGACGUAUCUGCAGGUGAUAAGUCUAAGAAAGGGGUGAAGCGAAAGAGAAUUACAGAAGAAAGUGGUGAAACAGCAAAAAGGAGAUCUGCUAGAGUCCGGAAUACCAAGUGUAAAAAAGAAGAGAAAGUUGACUUUCAAGAGCUGUUGGUGAAAUUCCUUCCUUCUAGAUUGAGGAAAUUAGAUCCAGAGGAGGAGGAGGACCCUUUCAAUAACUAUGAGGUGCAGUCAGAGAUCAAAGAAGAGAAUUUCCAGCAUGUUGGACCACACAGAAUGUCAUUUGAUUCUACAACGUUUAUGGAAUCUGGUAGGGAUUUCAUUAUAAAUCCUUGUUUUCUAUAUCUAAAAGUAAUCAGCCAAAAGUUCCUGGUAAAGUGGCCUCCUGGCUUGUCUGAGGUGGUUCUUAGUAUUUAUAACAGCUGGAGAAAGCACAGUAGUAGUCUUCCCAAUCCCUUACUGAGGGACUCAAGUAAUCAACAUAUCAAGGAUAUGAUGUUGAUGAGCCUUUCUUGCAUGGAAUUGCAAUUAGAUCAGUGGCUAUUGACCAAAGGGAAGAGCUCUACAGUUUCUCCACGGAAUUGCCCUGCUGCCUCUGUGAAUGGAAAGUUUGGUCCUGACUUCCCAGGAACUCAUUUCUUGGGAGACCUAUUGCAAUUGUCAUUUGCAUCCUCGCAGCGAGAUCUAUUUGAGGAAGGCUGGAUGGAGUUUGUGACUCGGGUGUAUUGGCUGAAAGCUCGCUUUCUAGCACUGCAGGGUGACAUGGAACAGGCGCUUGAAAAUUAUGAUAUUUGUACUGAAAUGCUACAGAGCUCCACUGCAAUACAAGCCAAAGCUGGCAAUGAAUGCAGCAUUGUAAUCCGGUUACCUAAUCUACAUGUUGAUUCUGUUGUUUCUUUAGAAGAGAUUGAUAAGAACUUGAAGUCUCUAGAGAGAUGCCAGUCUUUGGAAGAGAUCCAGCGAUUGUAUGAGUCAGGGGAUUAUAACGCGGUGGUGCAUCUGCUUCGUCCGACAUUAUGCUUUAACGGUUAUGGCAGAGCUAAGCAUCUGGAAUUUGUGACAUCCAUACCAGAGAGACCAGCACAGCUGCUUCUCCUGCAGGACUCCCUGCUCAAACUGCAGGAUUACAAACAAUGCUUUGAAUGCUCAGAAGUUGCCUUGAAUGAAGCAAUUCAGCAGAUGAUUAACAUGGCAGCAGCCUCUGCUAAAGAAGAGUGGGUUGCUACGGUAACACAGCUGCUCGCAGGAAUAGAUAGUUCACUGUCAUCAGACAACAGCAUCCUGAAGGACUCUUCUGUAACGCCAAGCCUUGUUCGAUUAACAAAUAACCUCAUUCAGAUCAUAGACUGCAGCAUGGCAGUCCAGGAAGAACCCAAAGAACCAUACGUCUCCUCAGUGCUUCCAUGGAUUAUCCUGCACAGGAUCAUCCAGCAUGAGGAAGAUGCAUUUCGAUCCCUUUGCUGUCAGCAGCAGCAGCAGACUCAAGGGGAAGAAGCGAGUCCUGAUACCCCUAUGCUGCCUUCUUCUCUCAUGCUGCUGAACACUGCUCAUGAAUAUUUGGGAAGAAGAUCGUGGUGUUGCAACUCAGAUGGCGCUCUUCUCAAGUUUUAUGUUCAAGUACUACAAAAAGAACUUGCAGCAUCUACUUCUGAAGAUACUCAUCCAUACAAAGAGGAGCUGGAAACAGCCUUGGAACAGUGUUUUUAUUGUUUAUAUGGUUUUCCUAGCAAAAAAAGCAAAGCAAGGUACCUGGAGGAACAUUCUGUACAGCAGGUGGAUCUAACAUGGGAAGAUGCCUUAUUCAUGUUUGAAUAUUUUAAGCCUAAAACGCUUCCAGAGUUUGAUAGUUACAAAACCAGCACUGUGUCUGCCGAUCUGGCCAACCUUUUGAAGAAGACUGCUACAAUUGUUCCUCGAACAGACAAGCCUAUGUUGAGCUUAGAUACUGUCUCUGCCUAUAUUGAAGGAACAUGCAGCAAGGCGCCAUCUCUCCCAGAUGGUGCAGACUAUUCUCCACCAGUAGUCACUGAGUUGUACUAUCUUCUGGCAGACUAUCAUUUCAAGAAUAAAGAACAGUCUAAAGCCAUUAAAUUUUACAUGCACGACAUUUGUAUUUGUCCGAACAGGUUUGAUUCAUGGGCUGGCAUGGCUCUGGCUCGAGCAAGUCGUAUUCAAGACAAGUUGAACUCUAACGAACUGAAAAGUGAUGGCCCCAUCUGGAAGCACUCUACACCUGUCUUGAAUUGCUUCAAGCGAGCCUUAGAGAUUGACAGCUCUAAUCUCUCCCUGUGGAUUGAAUAUGGCACCAUUUCCUAUGCCCUACAUUCAUUUGCAUCCCGACAGCUUAAGCAGUGGAAAUCAGAACUCCCCCCUGAAGUUGUGCAGCAGAUGGAAGAGCGUCGAGACAGCAUGUUGGAGACAGCCAAACUGUGUUUUACAUCAGCAUCGCGCUGUGAGGGAGAUGGUGAUGAAGAAGAGUGGCUUAUUCACUACAUGCUGGGAAAGAUUGCAGAGAAGCAGAAACAGCCUCCUGUCGUCUAUCUACUUCAUUACAAACAGGCAGGUCACUACCUGCAUGAGGAAGCUGCGCGAUAUCCAAAGAAGAUACACUACCAUAAUCCACCAGAACUGGCCAUGGAAGCACUGGAGGUAUACUUUCGACUUCAUGCUUCUAUUUUGAAACUUGUGGGGAAGCCAGACUCUGGAGUAGAUGCAGAGAGACUGGUUAGUUUCAUGAAAGAGGCUUCUGAGGGACCAUUUGCCAGGGGCGAGGAGAAGAACACCCCAAAAGUUGCAGCAGAAAAGGAAAAGACUUGCAUGAUUGAUGAAGACUCUCACUCUUCAGCUGGAACAGUGCCGGGCCCUGGGACUUCCCUCCCCUCAUCCUCUGGUCCAGGUCUGACAUCCCCACCUUACACAGCCACUCCAGUUGACCACGAUUACGUCAAAUGUAAAAAACCCCGUCAGCAGGCAACGCCGGAUGAGAGGAGUCAGGAUAGCACUGCAGCAGUGCUCUCUGACUCCAGUUCCACCCAGGAUAUGUUUAAUGAGCCUGCCAGUUCUCAAGACAGCCUGAGGAAGUCUUACACAGAGAAGAGGAUUUCUACUUCCUGUUCUGAGGCGUUGAUACCCACCAAAGAGACCCCAGGAUCUACAGAGGAAAAGAUUGCAGGAAAAUCAGAAGAGCUGCUGGAGAGCUCGGAAUCUUACCAUUCUGCUGAGCCUACUGGCCAAAAAGUUCUGCUGGAUCCUCAGUCUGCUGCUGGCAAUCCCAUCAAAGCUGCGAUCCCCCCACCUUCCCAGUGGGACUGCAAAAAGAAACCUGAACCUUGUGGAGAUGCAUCUGAAUUUCCUCAGUGUCUUCCAGCAGACCUUGAAGAGCAGCGGAAGUUCCUGACGGAGCAGUGUAUUGCCUCCUUUUGUCUGUGUCUCAGCCGCUUUCCCCAGCACUACAAGAGCCUCUACAGAUUGGCUUAUCUCUACACAUACAGCAAAACACACAAGAACCUGCAGUGGGCCCGCGACGUGCUGCUCGGCAGCAGCAGCCCCUGGCAGCAGCUGAAGCACAUGCCGGCGCAGGGCCUCUUCUGUGAGAGGAACAAGACGAAUUUCUUCAACUGAAUCUGGCGCAUCCCGGUGGAUGAGAUCGACCGGCCGGGCAGCUUCGCCUCUCAUAUGAAACGCUCCAUCGUCCUGCUGCUGAACGUGCUGUCGCAGCUAAAGGAUUACAAUACCUUGCUGAAAGUCUCGUCUAUGCUACAGAGGACCCCUGAUCAGGGAAAGAAGUACUUGCGUGAUGCAGAUCGCCAAGUUCUGGCCCAAAGAGCCUUUGUGCUUACAGUGAAAGUAUUGGAGGACACGCUCAACGAUCUGACGCAGGUUUCAGAGGAUCAGGGUUCCAAGUCUCCUAACCUUGCUUCAGGAAGGAUGACAACAGACGUCUCUAAUAAAACUAGUGCUGAAGAGGGGAAAGAUGUCCUCCCCAAAAAGCCAGUUUUGUCGGAUGGAGUAGUGCACAGUACUGAAAAUGGAGUAAAAGAAGUGACCCAGGGACAAAUCCCCAAUGCUAUGGACCUAUUGGAACAAGAGAACAAGAAUGACAAGGAAAUUAAAGAGCUCCCUAGGCCCGGUUCAGUUGAGCCUAUGGAUCUUGAUGGAUAUUCCAAUGACCCAGAAAAAAUUGAUUCUUCAUGUAAACGCAGUGAGCCAGACCGUCUUCAGUCUGGCAGGAACUCAAAGGAGAGAGCCCCAGAGAGCCGGACCGCAGAACUCUCUUUGGAAGAGCUAAGUAUCAGCUCAAAACAGCAGCAGCAGGCAGCUAAAGGACUAGUUCAAGCAGUAGCUGUAGAGGAACCUGUCCAGAGAUCAAGCAGGAAGAGGAAAUUACUUGAGGAUGUAGAGUCUGGGAAAACACUUUUGCUUGAUGCUUACCGGGUAUGGCAGCAAGGUCAGAAAGUUAUGGCCUAUGACCUGGGUAAAAUUGAGAAGAUCAUGUCUGAAACGUACAUGCUGAUUAAACAGGUGGAUGAAGAAGCAGCACUUGAACAGGCAGUCAAGUUUUGCCAGGUGCAUAUGGGCGCCUCAGCACAGAAACAGUCCACAGGAGAAACACCCACAACCCCAAAACAUACGAAAGACAACAGAGAGAGCUUCUUUCCAGUAACACCAGCUACACUGCAUCCCACCCCAGUGAACCCAGACACUGUGACUCCUGAAAAUCUCCUGAGACUGAAUGACCUGCAUUCCAAACCCAAACCAGCCUCUUCCUCUUCAUCCUCCUCCUCCUCAGCAUCUUCUUCAGUGCCUCCAUCCCAGGAGUCACACAGGGACACUGAGCAUCUCCGGAGUCAAAAUGCAGAGCCUGCUCCCAGCAUGUGUGAUCUUGCACGGGAGGAAGAAGAGCUUGAAGUGCCUUUGGAGGGGCUUGGAUUUCAGCAGCAGGAGUCACGGCUUUGUCAGCAGAUGAAAAUGGCUACGGUUGCACCAUCACCAGAGCCUGUGUGCUGGCAAGUGGAAUCGGUGACCAGCACAAGCUCAGGACAUGUGUCUACCCAAGCCUCCAGUUCCAAGCCUGAACUCAGCUCCAGCUCACAGACUUUGGGAAGUCAGCAGAGCAAGACAGAUGGCACCCGUGUAAAAACUCGCAUUCUGCCCAACAUGCCAAAGCUUUUCAUACCUUCAUCUGUCACCAAAUUUCCACCUGAGAUCACUGUCACUCCACCCACUCCCACCCUCCUUUCUCCAAAGGGCAGCAUUUCAGAAGAGACCAAGCAAAAAUUAAAGUCUGCUAUUUUGUCUGCUCAGUCUGCAGCGAAUGUAAAGAAGGAGAGCCUUUGUCAGCCAGCUUUGGAAAUCUUAGAGACCUCAAGCCAGGAGUCCUCACUGGAAAGUGAUACUGAUGAAGAUGAUGACUACAUGGACAUAUGAAUGAAUUCUGGCCAUCAUCAACACCAACCAUGUAACCAUUCUUCUUGUUGCCGGCAUCUCUGGCAGGCGAAACAUCUUCGCUGGCAUUAUUCUCCAUUUAAUCUACAUCAUUGUGUUCCUCACUUCCAUUACCUUUGUUACCACCACUACUGCUUGUAUUGCCUUCAAAAUCUUCGCCAUUCUCCCCAUCAUGGUGCUCGACAGAAAGAAUGAUUGUUUACCAGGCAGUUACUUCAUUUGGACCACAUUGUCACCUUUAACUUCAGCAAACACGAGAAUGUUUUGAGCUGCAACUCGCAUCUCUACUGUUCCUGCUUCAAACCAGAGCCUUGGGAGCCAGUCCAGCGGCUCUUUUCUAUAGCAUUUUUCUACCUUUUAGUUGUCUUUCAUUUUCCCCACAGGUUAAAUUUUCCUCCCAAUAAUUUUGCAGCCUAAUCUCUGUCUAGCCAUACCAUGAUUAGACCAACAACUCCAUUUAAGGUGAAUGGAGCAGGAGAAGUUUGCUGAACUAGUCGAAUUUUCAGUGGCAUCAGGGAAGUCUAUGGCUUCAGUUUGGGGCGAGAAGAAUGAGCUGAAAGUCUGUUGGCUCCACGGCACAGCUGGAUGCCUUGUUAAGAGCUGACUAGGUGGACAGAAGGCAAAGAAGCAGGUUUUCCAGGCAGACAGAGGUUGGCCUCCUGUUUGUGCUCAUUUCACUCAUAUGUAUGAGGUCCAGCAAAAAUUAUCUACCUGAAUGUUGGCUUAAAGAACUGAUCUUUCCAGAAUUGUCUUACAGUCCUUUCUCUUCUAAUGCCUUGGACAAGCAUUUUGAAUUGGGGGCUAGAUGAUAUUUUUAUGGCGGUAUUGAAAAAAAAUUUAAGAUUUCAGUACCAUUUCAGUAACGUCUGUUUUUUACAGAAUGACACGAAAAGGUGUUUUUUUAACUAUCUGCAAAGGGACUGCUCACAGUUAUUUAUAUGAGAAAAUAAUGGUAAAAAAAAUCAUUUUUUUUUUCUACUGAAUGUUAACUUUGUAAAAUAAUAAAUGCAAACCGUGCAAAAAAAA